UCGUUGCGCUCCGGAAAAGAAAAGCUGCUCAGCAGCUCAGCGGGCUCAGCUGCUCGUACUCGUUUCAUUCGUUCUUCGGCCCGCGGUCUUUUGCGUUGUGAACUCCGUAAUCAGCCUUAUCAGAGCAGCUCUAUUGAACCCCGUCGAUAGUCUUUAACUUAUAAAUAAGGACACCUAUCUCUGCGUAAGCACUUUUUGGCACAUCUUCGUAUGUCGUCAGAUCAAAGAUUUCUAAUGAUUUACUCCACUCGCAACCGCUGAAAGGUGGCAGGAGGCAAUGAGCUCUGCGUUUGCGACCUCAGUUGCCCUCAUCAACGCGGGAGAUGUUCGAUCUCUCGAAAGGUCCCUCAACGCGAAGCUCGUAAGCCCUGACGAGCGAGACGAGAAUGGACAGACGCUGUUGAUGGUAGCAGCUCAGUGUGGGCAGCUUCCGAUCGUGGAAGAGUUAAUCCGACAAGGGGCCGACGUUCAUCUAGAAGACCUCGACAAUUGGUCGGCAUUGCUGAAUGCCUCCAAAGAGGGAUAUACGGACAUUGUUGCGGAGCUGGUUUUGCACAAUGCCGACAUCGAGCAUCGUGACAUGGGUGGCUGGACAGCCCUCAUGUGGGCCUGCUACAAGGGCCACACAGAAACGGCCAAGUUCCUGCUGGAGCAAGGUGCUUUUCCCAAUGUGCAUGACCUCAACCACAUGUCCUGCCUCAUUUGGGCCGCGGGACGAGGCCACCACGACAUUGUGGCCGAUCUGCUCAGCUACGGAGCCAAAGUUAACUCAGGAGACAAGUAUGGCACGACCCCCCUUGUCUGGGCGUGCCGCAGGGGGUUCACAGGAAUCGUUGAGAUGCUACUAGAGGCCGGCGCCAAUGUGGACACUGCUGGAAUGUAUUCAUGGACAGCCUUGAUUAUUGCCACUAAGGGGAACUUCUCGGACAUUGUGAGCAUGUUGCUCGAGUACAAACCCAACGUCAAUGCUGUUGACGCGGAUGGAUAUGCGGCUCUGGCGAUUGCCUGCAGAGAGGGAUUCACAGACAUUGCGGUGUCCCUUUUGAACGCGGGGGCGUAUGUCAAUAUGCACGAUCGCAGCGGAGAUACCAACCUGAUUCAUGCCGCUAAAGGCGGGAACUUCUCAAUCGUGGAUGUGCUUCUCAAAAAGUAUGCCGAUGUGGAUGUGCAGGGCAUGGACAGAAAAACUGCUUUGUACUGGGCUGUGGAGAAAGGCUACAACGACAUUGUGCGCACCAUUCUGAAUGCCAAUCCAAACUUGGAGCUAGCCACAAAGGAUGGAGACACGCCGCUUAUGAAAGCCACUCGAAACCGUAACAUGGAUAUCGUCCAAAUGUUGAUCGACAAAAAGGCCAAAGUCUCGGCAACAGACAAGAGGGGGGACACUGCGUUGCACAUAGCCAUGCGGGCUCGCAGCAAGGGCAUAGUGGAGAUAUUGCUUCGCAACCCCAAGAACAGUCAACUUUUGUAUCGGCCCAACCGGAGUAAUGAGACGCCUUACAACAUUGACACAAGCCACCAGAAGAGCAUCCUGGCUCAGAUCUUUGGUGCACGUCGCCUUAACACCAACGAAGACAACGAGAACAUGCUCGGCUACGACCUGUACAGCAGUGCUCUAGCAGACAUUUUGAGUGAACCUUCCCUCUCGAUGCCUAUCUCCGUGGGACUCUAUGCACGCUGGGGCAGCGGCAAAUCCUUUCUGCUUGGCAAGCUCGAAGAGGACAUGCGGAGCUUUGCAGUCCAAUGGAUGGAGCCAACGUUCUCCUUCACCUGGGUGCUGUUUUGCUUGGUGUCGUUCUGUUCGUGCAUGCUCGGCUAUGGAGUGCUUUUGGCCACGGGGCAAUGGCUGCUGGGGCUCAGCCUGGGAUGUGGCGCUUUCGUGCUCACCUACUGCGUUCUCUACAUUGUUAGAUAUGGCAGCACUCACCACGACUGGAACUGGGCGUACAAGUUCUGCAUACAAAUGGAGAACAUGCUGAGCUCUUGUAAGACUGUGCUGCAGGUGAUGUUUUGCCAUCCACCAGCCACCAACAAAGAUUUUGGCUCCAGUCCUGUCAGGUUUAUCUUCACAGAACAGAAUAAAGUGAGCAGCUCUGGCGUUGGCGAUGCCUCUAUUGCAUACAUCAUCAUUUCCUUAUUCUCUGCCAUCGAAGACGAGUUUGGGUUUUUCACUACAAGGUUUUAUCGAGUCUUCCAGCCUAAACCAGUUUCCUCUACCAGUUGGACCUGGCGGCGCCUCUGCUGCCUGCCCAACUUCAUAAUUUUUCUACUGACUCUGGCAUGCCUGAUGGCGGCGGUGGCUCUGGCGGUGCAGUCGCGCGUGUUUUCGGAGGAGGGGAACCGGCAAGAGAGCCCCCUGCAGCCCGUGCUGAUUGCGCUGGCCAGCGUGGUGGCUGUGGUGUUUCUCACCAACCUCUACACCUGGGUGCGCAUGAUGCUCGCGCUGUGCCGUUCACACCAUCGCCGGAUUCACAGCUACCUGGCCCACGUGGAUGCCACCAAUACCGGGGGUUACAUGGAGGCGCUCAAGGGAGAAAUCGAGCUCAUAAGCGCCAUGGUGCAUUGUCUGGACGCAUUUGUGGGGAAGCAGACACGGCUGGUGCUAAUAGUGGAUGGCUUGGACAGUUGCGAGCAGGAUAAAGUUCUGCGCGUCCUCGAUGCUGUCUACGUCCUUUUCUCCGACCCGGGUCAUCCAUUUGUCACUAUUUUGGCCCUGGAUCCUCACAUCAUUAUCAAGGCCAUCGAAGCCAACCUACAUCGGGCCUUCCAGAACACGACCGUGCGGGGGCAUGAUUACCUGCGCAACAUUGUCCACAUGCCCUUCUACCUGCAGAACAGUGGGCUGCGCAAAGUGCGUGCUGCCCAACAGACGGCAGUGGGGCUCAAGCGCAGCGGCAGCCACUGGUGUGAGAAGGAGGAAGUGGAGAAGUCGGCCCAGGGCAUCGUUGGCACUGGCCAGGACAGGCCGGGAAACCGUCGGGUGUCCAACUCCAGCAUGUCUAUCCCCGAGUCGUUCCGCAAACCUUCUCAGCAGCGCAAGGGCAACCAGAAGCUGAAAGCGAGCGAGAGCGUGGCUUCCAGCAUGAGCAACCUUCACCGGGGGGUCACCGGGGCCCAGGACCUAACCAAGGUUCUUCUCACAGACGACUACUUCAGCGACAUCAACCCCCGUUCCAUGCGCCGGCUCAUGAAUAUCGUCUAUGUCACCGGUCGACUCCUCAAGGCUUUCAACAUUGACUUUAACUGGUACCACCUGGCAUCUUGGGUCAACAUUACGGAGCAGUGGCCUUACCACACAUCAUGGAUCAUCCUGUAUUACGAGUUGCACGAGAAUGAGAUUGACGAUGCCACUUCUCUGAGGUCUAUUUUCGACAAAAUCAAAGGGAAAGUUCCCAUGGGCAGAGACUUGCAGCCUCUUUAUGACGUGGACCACGACGUUCGAAAGUUUGAGAUCUUUCUCAGUUUCCACUCGGCAUCUUUGCUCGUCAGCGAUCUUAAGAUAUUUGUACCAUUCACAAUCAACCUCGACCCCUACAUCCGAAGAGUCAUUCAAGAGAGGCACCAGAACCAGCCGGACACGGAUAGGUUUGCAAUGAGGUCUGGGUCCGGGCCUUUUAUGCCUGCACAAUCGGCGAUGGGACAGCCCGCGGUGGCGGCGAGUCCAUGCAUGCCGUGGACACCUAUGAAAACGGAGUCCCUGUACCCGCAAGCCCCUCCAACCCCGGUCAUGUCCACAGAGCCCUACCAGCAACCCUACCAUGUCUGGUGGUCAGUGGGAUCACCAGGAACAUCAACCACUAUCCCUGUGGCCUCUUUGCCCCCCAGGGUCAAAGUGUGGAACGAGACCUUCACAGCACGCUUAAGUUCUCUCACUGUCGAAGGAGUGUCCCACUUCUUGGAGGGAUUGGAAGGAAUAGACAAGUCUCGGGUGGCGGGCUACCAGAGCACACUGACUCAGCACAACAUUCAUGGUCAGGUGCUGCUGACUUGCAGUAUUUCUGAGCUGCGGGACGUGUUGUCAAUGACAUUUGGCGACUGGGAGAUCUUCAAGAUGGCCAUUUUGUCCCUUCGUGAACAAGAGUUUCAACGGACGCAGCCAAGUAGCUGCAUUGAUGACCUCCCCCCAGUGCCUUUUUCGAGGGAGCGAGUGCACUCAGUCUCAGCCAGCAUCUCUGGCGACACAGAAUCCAAGCCCAAGGAAAAAGUAGCAGAUCCUGGGGAGAGAGCACAAGAGAAAGGGAUGAUGUCAUCACAUUCACAAAGUUCGUCAAGGCGGCCUAACACUUCUCUAGAAAAACAGGUGACGAUGGAAGAGAGCCUGAUCGUUGGAGCGCUCGAGACCUUGAGCGAAGAAGCGAUGGAGGACACAUUGGACGAGAGUAUGGCACCGCAUGUCGGCUUCCACCACUCUCAGGUGCUGAGCCCCAUCUUGUCGGACCCGGGAGAGGGGGAAGAUAGCUCUUCGGUGGGACGUUCGAACCAGCCCAGAGACAAUGAAGUAGAUGUGGUCUACCUCAAGAUGCCUCACGGCUCGCCCAAGUACAGCUAUUCGCCCCUGUCAGCCUCGGUACCAGACUACGAGUGGGGAGUCCAGAGUCCUAGCCCUACGGUGUACUGCGGCACGGAUCUGCCACUGGAGAGCUACGGCGUGUCUGCGCCGCCCUCCAUUGCUUCCAGCCCCAGCGUGCCACCGACCUUAUCUUUCGACAGCAUGCCUUUUAUGGGGAAGAGCGACGCUGCGAGUCAGAAGCCCCGCAACAAGCACCUAGACCUGGUGGUGGCCCAAGAGGGGAUGUCACGGCGAAAUAGCAUUUCCAAAGAGGCAGCCGAGAGCGGUUUGCUAGACCACUGGAAGGGCCUAGGUGGCAGCGAAUUCCAAAACGAACGCCACUGUCUCGAACCCUUGGCCUCUCCCAGUUAUGCGAGCGAAGAGGAGAAUGCACCUCUGAUCGAAGUUACACGUCCCAUGUUCCUCUCUACGCUGUCCUCAAAGGAUGCGGAAAGCUCGUCGCGCAGAGAAAGGGAGUUCAUUCAGCCUCUCAAGUCUGGCCGAGACGUUAGGAGGUAUACCUUUGAGCGCCAGCUCUCUGUGGACGAACGGUCCGACACCGACUUUGAGGAGCGCCAGGCACCGUCUGAAGGGGACAAGUCAUCCUCAACGUUGUCUCUCGCAAUGGCCAAAAGCGGUGUGGACGGGGCAACGGAGUCGUCGAGCAAUGCUACUGUGUUAACCCCGCUGUCCUCCUCGUCCGGGAAAUCGCCUCCGGAAACUGCCGGACGCAGAAACUCUGCCCCAUUGGAGCUAGGGAAGGACUCCUACGAGGGUGUGGUGCCAUCACACAGUACUCCUUUCAAAUUACCCGAACUCUCGAGCCGGACAUUUCUCAGGCCAUCGACCGAGGAGCCCUCCGAGCAGAAAGGUCCCGAAACCUCUCACGGUGCCGCGACAAUGUCGGACACCGUCGUGGUUGCCGGUAGGGUCACCGAUCCCAAGCAUCUGUACUCAAGCUCGGAAACCAUCAUCUAGAGGGCAGGUACCUGACUGAGCUGCCAAAGUAUCGGACCACUUUUUGUGUUUUUUUAUACGGUCAAAGCAGAGACCUUAAACCAGUGAACGUGUUUCUAUAGGUCGUUUGUUAAUGUAGAUCUUGGGUGCAUUUUAUGAAGUUGCCUAGUCAUGGGUAGGGUUCCGUGUUUUUGGAGUUAGGUAAUUUCUUUCCUAGAUAUUGUGUUUUUUUGCAUCCACGUUUGGUGUUGAACAGAAAAUCACGAUUUAUGGGGGCUUAAGAUGAGUCACGGCCGUGGGAUUUCCUUACUUCCAGAGAAUGUGCGCAUGAUUCAAAUACUUUAAGAAUGUCCUGGUAUGGACAAGAGAAGGAAACAAGACGGAGUGCGAGUGCUGAAGAAAGAAGUGGCCUUACGGACACUUGGUGUAGGCCGUGUUCCGGGUUAACACAAAGUAAAGGUGUAGGUGAAGAUUUCUUUUCCGUGAAGCUUGGCUUUUUCUUAUUCAAGGACACCUCUGGUUCAGUUUUUUUUUUUUUUUU